CCGAGGUAGCAGGAACCUAACUGCCACCGGAGCCUGGAAAGACCCCCCCAAGAAGACAGAGGGGGCUCUUUUCUCUUGCUGCAGAGCUCCCGAGGAGCGUCUGGUCUUCGCCUUGGUCCACAGGUUUAAAAUGGAACUCAGAUACUGUGCCCCUGGGAUACUGGUUAGGAAGAUCUGAUUUGCUGAGGAAGAGCCAAGAGCCUUGGAGACGCUGCUCCAGAAUAGCUCCCAGUGGUGUUCAUGGCCCCACCUGCCUGGAUGGAGACCACCGUGGGGACUCUGGGUGAAAACACCACAGACACUUCUACCAACUUCCUUACUGCGCUUGAGACCCACGGAGUCCAAGCUGCUUCCUUUCCGUUCACUUUUAGCUAUGGUGACUAUGACACACCCUUGGAUGAAGAGGAGGAUGUGACCAAUUCUUGGACUUUCUUUGCUGCCAAGAUUGUCAUUGGCAUGGCUUUGGUGGGUAUCAUGCUGGUGUGUGGCAUCGGCAACUUCAUCUUUAUCACUACCCUGGCCCGCUACAAAAAGCUUCGCAAUCUCACCAACCUGCUUAUUGCCAACCUGGCUAUCUCGGACUUUCUGGUGGCCAUUGUGUGCUGCCCCUUUGAGAUGGACUACUACGUGGUGCGCCAGCUGUCUUGGGAACACGGCCAUGUCCUGUGUGCCUCUGUUAACUACCUGCGCACUGUCUCGCUCUAUGUCUCCACUAAUGCCCUACUGGCCAUUGCCAUUGACAGGUACCUGGCCAUAGUCCACCCGCUGAGACCACGAAUGAAGAGUCAAACAGCUGCGGGCCUGAUCUUCCUGGUGUGGUCCGUGUCCAUCCUCAUCGCCAUCCCGGCCGCCUACUUCACCACGGAGACCGUGCUGGUCAUCGUGGAGAGCCAGGAGAAGAUCUUCUGUGGCCAGAUCUGGCCCGUGGACCAGCAGGUCUACUAUAGGUCGUACUUCCUCUUGGUCUUCGGCCUCGAGUUCGUGGGUCCUGUGCUCGCCAUGACCCUGUGCUAUGCCAGGGUGUCCCGGGAGCUCUGGUUCAAGGCAGUGCCGGGCUUCCAGACCGAGCAGAUCCGCCGGAGGCUGCGCUGCCGCCGCAGGACCGUGCUGGGGCUUGUGUGUGUUCUCUCGGCCUAUGUCCUAUGCUGGGCACCCUUCUAUGGCUUCACCAUCGUGCGUGACUUCUUCCCCUCCGUGUUUGUGAAGGAGAAGCACUACCUCACGGCCUUCUAUGUGGUGGAGUGCAUUGCCAUGAGCAACAGCAUGAUCAACACGCUGUGUUUCGUGUCGGUCAGGAACAACACCAGUAAGUACCUCAAGAGGAUCCUGAGGCUCCAGUGGAGGCCCUCUCCCAGCGGGAGCAAAGCCAGUGCCGACCUGGACCUCAGGACCACGGGGAUGCCUGCCACAGAGGAGGUGGACUGCAUCGGACUGAAAUAAGCCGAAUGGUACCACUGCGCCUGGAUGCUCACAGAAACGAUGAACUCGUUUUUCUGCAGAAGGCAAAGGAAAGAGACGACCACUUAGACACACUAUUCAAGAAACACCGAAGUGUAGAAUUUCUGAGAGGGAUAUCUGUGACACUGUUACCAGGGGUCAGCGUUUGUUGAGUACCUAAGUUUUACAAAGAGUAGACGCCAGUGAAAAUCAUUUACAUGAUAAAAAUGAAGCGGUGAUUAUAGCAAGGAAAUGUAAUGCAGAGUGUCUGGAAGAGAGUUUCCAAACAGAAGGCAGAUCAGGCUGUGUAGGACUCACCUGCGCCACGCGUGGGCCUAGCUCACCCCCAGCAGUACCCUUGGGAUUUCCUUCCUUUCCAGCAUUAGCAAGCCUGGAAGAGUACAGAAGAGGUUCCAAGUCUGCCUGUGGUCCUUCUCUACCCACCCCAGCAUCCAGUUCCCACCGGGAGGGGUCACAGAUGCAUGUGUGGACACUCCAGGACCCAUGGCCAAGUUCUGACCACCACUCCCUAUGGCCACCUCUUAGGCCCAGGGUUCUGCAUUAGACAGUGGGCGGGGAGAUUCUUUGGAGAAUGGAGUUGGGGGAGGAGCCACAUGGACUCUGGGUACCAUUUGCAUAGGGAAUUUGGAGUUCUGAGUCAUAAAGAGAGGGGAAGUCUAGGUUCAUGAGAACAUGGCUCCCUCAUUUCAUGGUGUCCUCACUAGAGGGGGGAAGGAGGUGAAGAGGGAGGGUCAGCAGGGACCCCUGAAAGUCUGUGCAGGUGUGGUGCUGUCCUAUCUCUCAGUUACUACGGCCUGGACCACUUAUGCUUCCCCUGGAGUCCUCAUGCCUCUGUGUUUAUGGAGCAUAGAGCCCUUGAAGGCAAGCAUAGCACCUCACUUUCCCAUUCCUGUCAGCUCUCAAACACAGCUGUUUCAUGAAGCUGCCCACUGGUAAGACUGGGAGAGAGAUUUCUACUGGUGCCAGAAUCUUGGCCUGGUCAUGAUUCUGAGGAUGAAGACUUGCUGCUCUUUUGAAAUGCAGGUGACCUUGGGGGAAAUCACCACAUCUCUGUUCUUCAGUGAGAACGGAGACUUGCAUGUCAGUGGCACAGCCUGGAUAGCCAGAAAAAGAGAUUGGUCCAACAGGGAGCUCUCAUGACCCCACAGACUUAAGGAAGUUUCACCCAUCUAGUAACUUGCCCCCUUAGCUUGGCAUUUAGACUUCUGUACUGAGAAGAUCUGAGGUCCAGCUUUGACUGUGUUGUCGACACCAACCUGAGAUAAGCAUUCUGAAGACAAAGGGAAUACUUAAGAAACGUUCCAGAAUUGUCAUGAGAGCAACCAAAUAAUACAUGGAAGAUUUGCUUCUCACCAUUUGAAUAGAAAAUAACAACUGCCACCACCACCACCACCGCCACUGCCACCACUGCAGAAGCAGUCAACUCAGCAGUUGCGGGUGCCUGGACAAAGGAAAGCUUGUACAUGUACCUUGCUUACAGAUCCAUUGGCCUCACUAGCAUCCCCCCCCCAUGUUCUUCAUGUGCAUUAUUUUCUUAUGCUUCCGCAUAGUGUAUUGCACCAGCAUAGCACACUGAUGCAAACAAGACCAUGAACUUUCAAGGCAGAUACAUAAAGGAAGUGGUACACGGUCUCCAGUCAGGAGAUAAGCACAAGGUUUAUAAACUCCAGAUCAGAGCAUCCUUCUUGUCUGCCUUCCCACACCUGCUCCCAGAAUCAGAUCAUCCUCAUAGACCAUCAUCCCACACAUGUUCCCAGUCAGCAUGAACAAUGCCUCUCAGCCUGCUUUGUUCUCAUAAGCUCUCUUUCCUCAGAUUUCAUUAUAGGGCAAGGCGUCAAUAAUCCUGGGCGAUACCCAUGUGUGGUUUCUCUCCAAAUACAGGCAAGUCUAUUUUUGACCGCAAAGUUUUUUUUAAUUGUCCAUGCCCCCCAGAAAACACAUUUCAAAGACCCAUUUAUUUAUUUUCAUUCAGUACCCAACAGAUUUAACCUAAUAACAGAAUUCUCCCAGAGGAUAAAAAUUCAUUAAAGUACAAACCUAAACCAAACAAGAGGGGGAGGAAACCCUAUUUUUCAAUUGAAACUUUAUUACAAAAAAUACAAAAAAAAGAAAACUAUAUACCAAAAUUAGUCAGAUCCAAAAACUGUUAUUUUUUUAGAAUGAAACCACAGAUCACAAUGACUAAAUUAAUUUGGGGAUUUAGAAAACCUUAGACGGCAUAAUUUACUGGGAUUAUGUUUGCUGUUCCUACUACUAAGGGUAGACAAAAUUUGACUCUGUUACAUAGUUAUUUUUAAUUAUAACACAUGGACUUUCCUGCCUUUCAGCCUAAAAUGUAUUAACAUUUCAUUUCUAUCUGCAGUACUUCUAGAUAUUAAUGUUUGCCUGUGAUUUUAUGAUGAAUGGUUGUUAUACAAUGGAAUACCAAUAGAUGUACACAUGUGAUCACUGACUGCACUGAGCCUGUCACUUCUCCCCACCCUCCCAUCCUUUUCCAAGUUCUAGUGUGAUGAUCUUCGAGGUAACAUGGAGUAGAUUCCAUGAUCGUGGGGACUGUGGGAACAGUGCUCUCUCACGCUGCUCUCAGCUUCCCAUCUCCAUCAUGAGCCAUGGCCGAUUGAUGUGCCUUCUUCCUUGAGUCUGGGCUGAUGGAGCCAAGAAUGAUUUCCAGCACCUGAGUACUAAGAUUUGAUGCCUGUGGGCCCACUUUAUGCCAACUCUAGGAGCAAGCCCAGGAGGAGGCCCUGUGUCCACAUGUGCAGGGAGAAUGAGGGAGAGACUGAAGAUUUGGUGCUGCAUGCAGAUUCCCUGCACUAACAGCUCAGAAAAUGGGCUUCUCAAAAGCAAAAUCAGCCAAGCAAGCAAACAAACAAAAAAGCAAAUAGUGGUAAGCCCAUGACAGAUAUUUCUUUUGUGUUCUCUAGUGUUCAAAGAGACAUGCAGAUAUCCUAUGCAGAAGGGUAUAGAUGUGAUUUUGAAAAAUCACACCAUUUCCAUGACUAAGAGAAGAAAUAAAACAUGAAUUCUUAAAUCAAAGACAUGAAAACAGGUGAUGUGGUGGGUACCACAGUGUGCUCUGCAGGGUGAAGUAAGAUCCAUGUUCACUCUGGACAAAGAUCCUGGAGCAUUUGUGAGAUGAGCCAAUUUCAAAUCUGACUCCUGUUCUUGAAAAACACCACCCUUUGGAGUCUGGCUGCAGAGAAGAGUCAGGUUCUCCUUCCUAGAGUGUGAGAAUGACACGUUCAAAACUUGGAUUCUACAGUAGUAGAAACUGAAGUGCAGCAGACGGGUGAAUUGGGGGAGGCAGGGCAUGAGGAGGAUGGACAGGAUAGAGUUCAGUGUCGAACAGUUGGACACUGUUCCUGAAACUGAGCCGAGCAUUCUUCUAUCACAGAAUUCCUUGGUGCAGGGUGUAUAACAUCUUAGAGUGGUGGGAUUCCGUCCAAAUAUCCUUGAGAUGUCUAUUCAACCUGCCUGGCCUUCUCUGGAGACCCUUAAGGAGUUUAGCAGAGACAUUCUUGGCUCCUCUGCAAGCCAAGUUUUAGCUCAUUCAACCCUCUGGACCUUACAGCCAGCCACAGUGGCUCCAAGGCUCAGGGAGAAUAGCUCAGAACUGUUCCUGAUGGCUCUAUUUACCUAGCCUACCCUGAGCCCUCUAGGAAUGCAGCAGAACAGAACUUGGCUUCCCUUCCCUAAGAUGCAGAAUGAGCAGGAUGCUAUGCUUGCCUGAAUGUCCACACAGCCAGGAUGCUGGAGUUUAGAGACUGCACAGAGCCAGCUUAUGUCCUUCCAUGGAAGGUCAAGACUGAUAUGUUUGUGAAUGAGGCAGGAUUUGAACUUGAGGAUUGAACCACAGAGAAACAAAAGAGAACACUAUGUCACAGGCCCAGAAACAUUUUCCUGCUCCCUAUGAGCAAAGGUUUUCCCCACAGCAUUGAAAUUGUGGUUCCUGUGAGGAAAAAUUUAAAACCUGAAAAACAUGUAAAUAUAGUUUAGGUCUAUCACAUACUCCCUUUUCCCCCAUGCUGCUUUCAAAGGCUCGAGUGAGAACCACUUCAGAAUAUAUGCAGGAGACUCCUUUGUUUUUGGAGUUUGUGUGACAAUUUAAAUUAUGAAUUGAUUGUAUUAAUAAACACUGAGAAGACA